CUAUAUAAAAAUUUUGCAGUUAACAAUAUAAUAUAACACAUGUGUUGUAUUACAUAUAUUGCUAACUGCGAAAUUUUAAUAUAGAUAUAAUAGAGACAUAAUAUAACAACGAUUUGCGUCGAAUGAGAUUAAUUCAAAGUAAAGUGUUCAUAAAUAUUUUAUUUAAAAAUACUUCAUGCAUUUUCCUUUUAGUAAUUUUUUAUAUAUUUUGUCUAAUUAUUACUAUGUUUAGACUUUAUAUGUUCGUAUAUAUGCAAUUCUUUUAACUCUUAUCAAGCUUUCUAUAGGUAGGUUUCGAGUGGGAGGUGAAACUACAUCGUUUCAUUUUAGAUUUGCUUGGACUUUGGCCCAAGAACAUACAAAAUCCUUGGAAGAAAUUAGUGUGCAAUUUUCAAGUAUUGGUGAUUUGUCUGGGGAUACUAUUCUGUCUUUUAAUUCCUUCUAUAAAUUCUUUAAUAAUAAUUUUUGGAGACCUUGCGCUUAUGAUAGAUAAUUUACAAAUUACUUUACCCAUCUUAUGUAGCUUCAUUAAAGUCAUAAUUUUUUGGUGGAAGAAAGAAGCUAUUGUAUCUAUUAUGAAUAUGAUCGCGGAGGAUUGGAUAAAGUCAAGCGAUCAAGAGAGAAGGUUAAUGAUACGAAGGGCGCAAAUUGCACGUAUAAUUAUUACUUGUUCCUACUCUAUAAUGGCAUUACAGUGCUUUUUUAAUGUUGUAUUGCCUAUUUUUGGAACGUCAGUAAGAAUGAUUUCGAAUAUUACUGAUCCAGGAAGGCCAAUGCCGGUACAGAGCCAUUAUUUUUACGAUAUAACAAAAAAGCCGCAAUUUGAAUUGACAUUUAUUAGUCAAGCUGUCUUCAUAAUUAUCGCCAUGUUGUCUUACAUUGGAAUAGACAAUUUUCUCAGUCUACUAAUUUUUCAUGUAUGCGGACAGUUAGAUAUUAUCGAGAAUUAUUUAACACAUUUGGAUAAAUACUCAAAUUAUCACGAAGUAUUAAAACGUUGCAUAGCUAAACAUAUCCGUUUGCUUAGGUAUGCUACAUAUAUAAAAUAUAUUCCAACGCGAAAUGUACGACUAAAUGUAUUUACUACACGAAAUGUCUUUUAUAGAUCCAUUGUAAUUAUUGAAGAUACGUAUAAUGUAAUGCUUCUUUCUUUGUUUAUAUAUUUUGCGGUACUAUUCGCUUUUUACGCGUUUCAAAUAACUAGUCUAUUCGACGGAGAAACUGAUUUACCAUUCACUCGCUUACUAUUUUUCGUAUUGACAAUUUUUAAUUUAUUUGUGCAUAUGUGCCUGUAUUGCGUGUUAGGCGAGAUUUUGAUGGCCAAGUGCAAUAAAAUAUAUUAUGCAGCAUAUUCUAACAAAUGGUACACCAUGAAUCCAAAAAUUGAAAAAGAUUUGCUGUUCUUAAUGACAAGAGGUUCUAAAUCAAUCUAUCUUACUGUUGGAAAAGCAUCUCCUGUUACAAUGGCUACAUUUUGCAGUUUAGUAAAAACGUCCGUUGGUUACUUAUCCGUUUUGCAUACAACAAAAAAAUAAUGAAGACCAAAAAAUGAAGAAAAUCUUUGUUAAUGUUAUUUAUUGAAUAAUGUUUAUUUUUUAUUUAAUAAGAUUUUUAUAUAAUAAGAUAGUCUGAAUCAAUAUUUAAAUC